AUGGAUAUUCAGGAACCCUCCAAGUUGUUGGAUGAGGAACUGUACUCACGGCAGCUGUAUGUACUGGGCUCAGCAGCAAUGGGGAGGAUUCAGGAAGCCAAGGUUCUGCUGUCAGGCCUUCAGGGCCUGGGUGCUGAGGUGGCCAAGAACCUGGUGCUGAUGGGUGUGGGCAGCCUCACUCUGCAUGAUCCCCACCCUGCUUGCUGGUCGGACCUGUCUGCUCAGUUCUUCCUUUCAGAGCAGGACUUGGGGAGGAGCAGGGCUGAGGCCUCUCAAGAGCUGGUGGCUCAGCUCAAUGGAGCUGUUCAGGUCAAUGUCCAUACAGGCUCCAUCACCGAGGAUUUGCUGCAGGAAUACCAGGUGGUGGUGCUGACUAACUCAGAGCUGGAGGAACAGUUAAGAGUGGGUAGUUUCUGCCACCAGCACGGGGUCUGCUUUGUGAUGGCGAACACCCAAGGCCUUGUGGGGCAGUUGUUCUGUGACUUUGGCAAUGACUUCACUGUGCAGGACCCCACAGAGGCAGAACCCCUGAGGGCCACCAUCCAGCAUAUCUCCCAGGGCUCUCCUGGUGUUGUCACUCUGAGAGACGCUGAUGUCCACAAUUUUCAAGAUGGGGACUUGGUGACUUUCUCAGGCAUUAAGGGCAUGGUUGAACUCAAUGGCUGUACUCAGUCCAUCUGUAUACAGGAAGACAGGACCUUGGAGAUUGGAGACACAACAACUUUUUCCCAAUACCUUUGUGGUGGGACUGUCACUGAAGUCAAGAAACCCAAGAUUGUGAGCCAUGAAUCCCUGGCUACAGCCUUGCUGCAUCCUCGUGUGGUCCAGAGUUCCCAGGAAGUCCACCGUGCCCACUGCCUACAUCAGGCCUUCCGUGCACUGCACCAGUUCCAGUCUGGUCAUGGCUACCUGCCAAAGCCCUGGCAUCCUGGUGAUGCAGAGGCUGUGGUGCGCCUUGCCCGGGAACUGGGACCACUGCAGGGGACACAGGAAGAACCGCUGGAUGAGGAUCUGGUUCGGGCAGUUGCUCUGUGUAGUGCUGGUGACCUGAGCCCCAUGGCAGCCAUACUUGGUGCUGUAACUGCCCAGGAGGUGCUAAAGGCAAUCUCUGGGAAGUUCAUGCCUCUGGACCAGUGGCUGUAUUUUGAUGCCCUCGACUGCAUUCCAAAAGAUGGGAAGACCGUUCCUAGUCCCGAGGAUUGUGCUCCAAGAGGCUGCCGCUAUGAUGGGCAAAUUGCAGUAUUUGGGGCUGAUUUUCAAGAGAAGCUGAGCUGCCAGCACUACUUCCUGGUGGGUGCAGGUGCAAUUGGCUGUGAGCUGCUCAAAGGCUUUGCCCUAAUGGGCCUGGGGACCAGUGGUAGAGGGUGCAUUACUGUUGCCGACAUGGACCACAUAGAACGCUCCAACCUCAGCCGUCAGUUCCUCUUCAGACCCUGGGACAUUGGUAGGUCCAAGGCCAAAGUGGCUGCAGAGGCUGCCAGUCGUCUGAACCGAGGCUUGCAGGUAACCCCACUCACCCACACUUUGGACAGCACCACGGAGAACAUCUAUGGGGACAGCUUCUUCUCCCAUGUGGAUGGUGUGGCCGCUGCCCUAGACAGUUUCCAAGCCAGACGCUAUGUGGCUGCUCGUUGUACCCACUAUCUGAAGCCAUUGCUAGAGGCAGGCACCCUGGGCACCCAGGGCAGCGCAUCAGUGUUCAUUCCGAACGUGACUGAAGUCUACAAAGCUCCUGCCUCAGCUGCAGUUUCCAAGGAUGACGCCAACCCUGUCUGUACUGUGCGGUUCUUCCCCAGCACAGUUGAGCACACUCUAGAAUGGGCCCGGAAUCAGUUUGAGGGGCUCUUCCGACUGUCUGUUGAGACCAUUAAACAAGCAUCCACUUCCCUGACAGACAUGGAUGGGUCACAAGUGCUGACUCUACUACAACCAGUUCUGGGUGUCCUGAGGGAGCGCCCGCAGACCUGGCAAGAUUGUGUGGUGUGGGCACGUGGCCACUGGCAGCUAUGCUUCCAUGACAGCAUCAUGCAGCUCUUGAGAUACUUCCCACCUGAAAAGGUGCUUGAGGAUGGAACUCCCUUCUGGUCCAGUCCCAAACAGUGUCCCCAGCCCCUGGAAUUUGAUGCCAAUCAAGACAUGCACCUCUUCUAUGUGCUGGCAGCUGCCAACCUGUAUGCCCAGAUGCAUGGGCUGUCUGGCUCAAGGGAUCAGACUGCACUCAGGGAACUGCUGAAGUCACUGCCACUACCUGGUCCCCAGCACCUGGCCCCUGUCUCCUCAAGUGACCUGGAGCUAGCUCAGGCUUCCACCAAGUUUGACCCUGAGCAGUUGGAAGAACUUCAAAAAAUCUUGGAAGUCUGGAACAAAGGACCUCUGGAGCCCCUGCUGUUUGAGAAGGAUGACGACAGCAACUUCCAUAUGGACUUUGUGGCAGCAGCAGCUAGCCUUCGUGCUCAGAAUUAUGAAAUCCAACCAGUCAGCCGUGCCCAGAGCAAGCAGAUUGUGGGACAGAUUAUCCCAGCCAUUGCCACCACCACAGCAGCUGUGGCAGGCCUGAUGGGCCUGGAGCUGUAUAAGGUAGUGAGCGGGCAGACAUCCCUUGGUGCCUAUCGCCACAGCUAUCUGCACCUGGCUGAAAACCGCCUGAACCGUUGGGUACCUUAUGCCCCAGCCUUCCAGAUGUUCCAUCACCUGACAUGGACCUGUUGGGACCGCCUGAAGGUGCCUGCUGGGAAGCCUGAGAGGACUCUGGCAUCGCUGCUGGCCCAUCUCCAGGAGAAACAUGGACUGCAGGUGAGGAUGCUCCUGUAUGGCCGAGCUAUGCUGUACUCAGUGAGGUGGUCCCCUGACAAGCAGGCCCAGCAUUUGUCUCUCAAGGUAACGGAGCUGGUGCAUCGAGUGACAGGCCAAGUGCCUGAACCAACACAGCAGGUGCUGGUACUGGAGCUGAGCUGUGAAGGUGAAGAGGAAGAUACUGCUUUCCCACCACUGCACUAUGAACUGCGUCAAGGCAGCAGCCCUUCUGACUCUACCAAGCCCAUACCUGCAUGCUGA